UAAAUACUAUGUAUGAUAGAUUAAACUGUAGCUGCAAUUUUUACACGUGAAUUGAAAGUUCUUCAUUCAGAAAUAGAAAUUAAAAAAAGGUGAUCGGGAAGAUUUCUAAUUUUCAAGUCGCGUCAAGAAUUGGCCAAAAAUCCAAAAACGAACUUCGGAGAGUACCAGUUCAAAAAGUUCCAUCGCUAGCUGCUUUCGUUAAUUUUCUCAUCACUGAAAUGGCUCGAGAAGUAUUUCUGUACCUAAUUAUCGCAGAAAAUACCAAAAGCUUUGAAACAAAUUUUAAGAAGAAAAGUGAAGUUUAUAACCAGCUCAAGAUGGACUCUGAAGAGGAACGCUUGUUACCACCAAAGACACUUCCCAUAUCAGAUCAUUCGAUAUCAUUCCAACAAUUGAUAUUCGUUAUUAUCCUAACUUUGCCAACAUUACCAGCAGGAAUGUCAAUAGGAUUUGCAGGCAUCGCUCUGCCAGAAUUGAAUCUAAAUUUAGAGCAAACUUCGUGGUUCACGAGCUUGCCAACGAUAGGAGCUGUACUUGGAAACAUUCUAACGGGCUUCGUGAUCGACAGAUGCGGUAGAAAGAAAGCUUUUUUCGUCAACACCAUUCCAGCAUUCAUCGGAUUCGCUUUCUUGGCCUUGGCUGGACCUCUCCAAGUAGAAUAUCUCAACAUAGGUCAACUAUGCGCAGGAAUAUCUCAAGGAGCUGUGAUUUAUGUGACAACUGUGUACAUAGCAGAAAGCAUGGCGCCGGAUAAUUUGCAUUUUAGAAGUAGUUGGGCAUCGUGGAACAUGUUGGGGAUCAUUUUUGGCAUAACUUUGACGUAUGUUUUGGGCUACUUCUUUUAUUACGACGGUGUAGCUUUAAUUGCAGCUUCGAUCGCGUUAAUAUCCUCUUUAUUGCUGCUGGUCUUUGUACCCGAAAGUCCAGCCUGGCUUGAUCAACGAGGUCGGUUCAUAGAGGCCCAACAAGCUAGAUUUCGAUUAGGUUGCAAGCACACAUUAACAAAAAAUGUGACCAUCGGUGAUAAUGUAACCCCACAAGAUAACUUUUCCUCUCACUUGUUGAAAGUUAAAAGAAAAGAUGUCCAUAAGCCACUGUUGAUUGCAGUGACGUAUUUCUUUUUUCAACAAUUCUCUGGAAUUCAAAUCUACUCAGCCCAUAUGGUGGAAAUCAUCAGUGUUAAAUCCUUAGCCAUUGAUUCCUAUUUAACCACUCUUAUAUGUGGCCUCAUCAUGAUAUUGGGCCAGAUCUCAUAUACUUCUUUUUUACCAAAACUGGGUGUGAGAAAAAUUGCUAUUAUAUCGUCGAUGUUGACAAGUUUGGCCACUUUGGUGUUGGCAAUAUGUAUUCAUUUGAGUGAUAUAGAAACAGAUAGUGAGUAUGCUCACGUAGUCGACUAUAUUCACAUUGUUUCGGUUUGGUGUAUUGUAUUUUUUAGUGCGCUGGGUAUUGCUACAGUGCCAUAUGCGAUAUUGGGUGAGAUUUUUCCGGCUGAUGCUAAAGGGUUUGCCUCGGUUUCUAUUUUCUGUAUGAGUGUGUUUUUCUUUAUUAAUCUGCAGAUAUAUCCUCGAGCAGUAGUGCUCUCUUCUUAUGGUAUUUUUUAUGCGUAUGCGGUGGUAGGAUUUCUGGCUGUGCCUUUUGUUUAUUGUUGUAUACCGGAGACGGUUGGCAGAACUUUGGAGCAAGUGUCUUCUCACUAUUCUUCUUGAUAGUGUCACGUUUGGCCUGAAAUUUGUGAGUGAGAUUAGGUACUCAGGUGCAGCACGACGGUUUUAAAGAACUGGGCCCAGGUGACAAAUCUGCUCUCUAAAUUUGAAACAGUCAAUUUCACUGCUUAGCAGUCACGACAUUUUGCCUUUUUAAAGCAGUGGUUUUUUUUUACUGCAAAACAGUGAAAAAUUACUGAGUUGGUCAGUAAAAAAUCAUUUUGACUGACCAAUUCAGUAAUUUUUCACUGUUUUGCAGUAAAAAAAAACUACUGCUUUAAAAAGGCAAAAUGUCGUGACUGCUAAGCAGUGAAAUUGACUGUUUCAAAUUUAGAGAGUGAGAAAAAGAUACCAUUUCGAAAAAAGGACCCAAAGUCAAAUGGUUCGUGUGACUGGUUUUCUGUGCUGCUGAGUGCGAAAAUGUAUUCCAUUUUCACCAACGCCUCUUCAUCUCCUUCAAGGAUCCAGCACAUUGAUGAAUAACUUGAACACAUAUUUAAUUGAGGAAGCUUAUUAACAUUUUUUCAGAAAAUUUUUGUAACUUGAUUCAAAAUUCAAUAAAAAGUGCUUCUCAGA